ACAGCUGUCAUCUCAGCUGCGCUGCGGUUUGUCGAUUGAUUGACAAUUUUAAUUAUUGUGGACUGGACGCUUCUCAGUGGCGUAUUUAACGAAUAAUUUUCUCUGCAUUUCGAAAUUGUCAAUAAAAGUUGAGAAAAUAGUACACAAAACGCGAAAAUGGCGAGUGUAAAGUUUUUAACGUUGUUAGCAGUAAUGUGCACCUGUUACGGGCUUGGUCAUGGCGAAGCGAUUACGACGCAGAAGCCGGUUACGAUCGACAUACCCAGGCGUCCGGUGGAGUCGCUGCCUGUAGCGCCAGUUCAUUUGGAAACCUCAGUGCCUCAAGUGGUUGCAGCUGAAGACUUGUCGACAGUCGUUAAGCCCAAAACAACGACAACAACUUCUCCGCCGACCUCAACUACUCCGUCGACCACAACUACUCCGCCGACCACACCUACGACUACCACUCCCCCGCCAACCACUAGUACCACCACCAGCACAACAACAGCUCCACCAGCACCCCCCGCGCCCACACCCGCACCCUCGCCCAAACCUAUUGAUCCCCCACAGCAAGGCACCUGGUCGUACACGGAUAAGAACAACAUAACAUGUGUGGUUGUCCAGUUUGCUGCACAACUCAACAUCUCAUACUUCCAAGUAAACAACAGUCAGACAGAGAGCCACGCCAUCUUCAACUUCCCCAGCAACGCGACGGUCACCAACGGUAGUUGCAAUAAAACCGAGCAAUGGAUCGAGCUGAGCUGGCCCGCCACCGAUAACAUCACAAAUCAGGUGGUGCUCGUGUUCGACGCCAACACGACCAGCCACGACUACGAGAUGAAGGCAGUCAACAUUACCCUCAGCCCGGCCAUGUUGGUUAACGCUUCCACCACAACAGCUAUUGUACUCUGGCACGGCAGGGGCUGGCAGCUGCCGAUGGCCACGUCCUACCGCUGCACGCCAGCCACGUACCUCAAGAUGACCAGCGGGGACAACACCAACAUAGGUGCAGUCGUCACCGUGACCAGGCUGCAGGAGGAGGCCUUCAGGACGACCACCGCCCGAGGUUUCAGCGCAGCACGCGAGUGCGGCGGCGGCGACGUGCCGGACGCGGUGCCGAUCGCGGUGGGCUGCGCGCUGGCGGGGCUCGUGGUGGUGGUGGUGGUCGCCUACCUCGUCGCGCGACGCCGCUCUGCCGUGCGCGGCUACCUCUCCAUGUAGACUGAAACAGCCAAGGCUGAGUCAGCGGGGUAGACAAUGUAAAGCUAUAGCUAGAGAUCCAUUCACCGCAUUUACUAUAUUAUCGCGACUCGCUGUAACUGUUCGUAAGUUUGCUCAACAGUGUACAUUGAUGUUUAUCGGGGUAGAUAUCGAGCUGGCACAAUACUUGAUGAGCAAUAGUUGCUCAGUUGCCGCUCUUCAAUUAAUUAAAAAAAAAAUUCAAUAGGUUACACAAUUGUCUUAAUAUACGAUAAUGUUUAACUUUAUAGAAUGUACACUAAUCAAUAAAAUUUCCCAAGACUUGUGAUGUGAUGUAAUGGAGCUAUUUCAUAGUAACUAUGUUUCCAUAAUACGCUUGGUUCAGUAGUAUUUUGUGGCGAUGCGAUAUCUAUCCUAAUUACAUUUGUAGUGGAAACAACUGCUCUGUCCUAGGACUAUUUAGUAUUGAGAUCCUCUUGCGGUAGUUUCAAACAAGGGAGAGCGAAGAUCUGUAACUAAGAACACAGUGAAAUGAACCUUGUCGUCGUUGUAAUAAAGGCUAUAUGUGAAACUGUAUAGCGCAAUCUAUGGAAACAGAAAAUUAUUUACGCUGGGUUUUUGGUAAACGGUUUUUGCUUUCCUUAAAUUAUACUUACUGGCGUAUAAGCCCAUGCCUAAAACGUAAUUUUGUUAAAGCUGUUAGCCGAAGAAAGUAUAAUUGACGUUUUUUCAACCGUUGUUUUAUUUUUAUUUACUUUUGUCAGAACAUAUAUAAUUGCAGUCGAUUGACUUAAAGCCCUGUAUAUUUCGUUGUUCUGAUUUUUCGUUUUAAAAACUAUGCUCAAGUGGAAUAAAAUACAGCGUUCGAUAUUUAUUUUUUAGUUUAAACAACAGUAGAUACAGGGUUCAAAAUAAAUAAAUUGUUUCGUUUGUGAUUUCAAAUUAUAAGAUUUUUGUAAAUUUAUGUGAUUGUUAAAAAUAACAUUGAACAAAGGUGACCAAUGCAAGCCCAGAAUUUCUGUGUAACUUUGUCGUGUAUAGUUGUUUUUGGAUUUCGUUUCUUUUCGUCUCGGCCAUAAUAAUAGUGAUAAUUUUUAUUAUAUACUGGAAAAUAUUAACAUUUGUUUUUGUAUAAAAUGAUUGAUAUGUAUAUUGCAAUAAUUUGAUUUCUAUUGAGGAUAUGGUGCAAAAAUAAAGAAAAUUAAUACAAUUUUAGAUGUUACAUGAUGUUAGAUGGACGAUGUACGUCAUAUGUCAUUUUAUCGACACAUUUGUUGAAUUCACACUGGCAUGUCCACAAACAACAAAAUAGCUAAACUCAGGUCGAUGAUAGUAUUAAAGUAGUAUUUAUAUUUUUGGAGCUAAAAUCCUAUCAUCGAUAAGCUCAUUUUUAGAAUUUUAAUUUUGUUUUUUUUUGUUCUUUUCCGGACGUUAUUCUGCUGUUCCACUUUCCGUGUGAUUUCUGCAAAUGUAUCUAUGCUACAAUUUUUCGUGAUUAAUUUUAUUUUCAGUGUUUUUUUUUUAUCCAAAGAUUUAAUCCCCAUAAACAUUUGUUAUACGCACGUAUAGCACAUAUGUUAAUCUCAUCAGAACGUUAUAUAAAAUUCCUCAGUCCGUAAAGAAUUUGUAAAAGACGUAUAUAGAGGUAGAUAGUCGGUAAUAUAAAGCAGUGUCUUUCUUUCUUAGAUAGUGUUCGAAAUCUAUUCUCUAAGCGUACAAGUUCUGGCGCGCUCAUUGCUGCGACGGUGGAUGUCGACCUUUGAAAUUUGCCUUAAAAUGUUCUUAUUUUAGAGUUAAUUUUACCAGUCUUGUCUUUGUUUUUCUGAAUUUCUAAAUCUUUUUUUUGACCUGGCAACCUUUGCAAAUAAUGAUUGUAUAUUUUUAAUGGCAUCUUUUUUUGUGUCAUGGCUGGUGGCAAUGAGUCAGCCAGGCAUGUCCCUUCUUUUCAUCUGUGGAGGGUAGUGGGGGUUUAGGAGUAAUUAACCCCUGUGCGCCUGAUGAGAUAUUUUUAUAUUUUAACCAGUCUUCGAAGUAUCCUAGUUGCGUACCUCGUCAGGCGCGCAGGGAGGCGAGCGAAGGAAUGUAACUGAUAAAAUAAAUGUUUUUUAUUGCCAA